UAUUUAUUUCUAGUGUACUUGAGUAAAGGGUAUCUGGGUACUUGAUUUGCCAAAUUUUCUAUGUGUGUUUGUUCCUUUUUUAAUCAUUUGUUGAUUCAACAAACUUGUAAUCAAUCAUUAUCUUAAUCUCUCUCUCUCUCCUCUCCCUCUGUGUGUGUGACUUUCACAGGCACCAGCAUAUAAUAUAUGCCUUCACAAUAUGGUACCACUAGUUAGCUGUGUUGCAUGUUUGGAAUGAUGUUAAUCUUGCUUCUUUUGGCAAGUCUGCACUACUAACUCAUCUAUCAUUUCUAAUUUCCUUAAAUGGAAUGAUUAAGUAGUAUAGUAGUAGUGGUACUAGUUAAUUAUUGUUUUCUUGAUUGUGGUCUGACCCUCAGCUGCUGUUUUAUAUUCAUUUCUUGACUUCAAUUUGUCCUGCUCUUUCUUGUUUAUUAGCUGUAAUUUGAAGCCAUGAAUCCUUGCUUUCCGGAUUGGAAUUUUGGGGCUGAAUUCCCAGAGCCCAUUCUGAAGAAUAAGCCCCUGGGAAUGGACAAUGAGCUGGUGGAGCUGUUGUGGGAAAAUGGACAAAUUGUGCUGCACCCUCAAUCUCAUCAUCACCACCAUCCCAAACCAGGGACAGCUGAUCAACAAGAAAAUCAAUCUAGGCAGAUUAACAAACACAACCAUGAUCAAUCAAUGAGCAGAGGCAGUACAGGGGGUGGCUCUUGUCAAAAUCAGGUUACUAGUUUGAUUCAAGAUACUGAGACAGUCUCUUGGAUUGAUGAUCCCUUUGACAAGGAAUUCACCUCUGACUUCUUAUCUGAAUUUCCAAUCUCCAAUCCAGUUGAGCAAGGUCCACAUGAGGAUGAUAAGUUUAAAAAAUUUGGCAUAUCACAAGACCUCCACAACCAUCCUGUCCAGUUACCCAAUGAUAAACCUUCUGAUGUCAUCAACUCAUUGCCUCCAAGAUUUCACAACUUUGAUUCUGCUCAGCCCAAUCAUUCCCAUUUACCAAGAGCUGCUAAUGCUCCUUUGUCUGCCAUGGCAGAUUUGAGAUCCUCAAGUGAUGGAGUUAGCAAUAGGACUUUGGGAGGUGAAGUUAGAGAGUAUUCUUCCGCCAAGACGGUUGGCACCAGCCACUGCGGCAGCAAUCUAGUAGUAAAUGAUACUGAUACAAGCCGAGUUUCGAGUGGUGGGAUUGCUGAUCAUAGAGGUUUUUCAGGAGCUAUGGCCAAGGAUCAUCGUGUUGGGAAAAUGAGCUCUCAAAGUGACAGACUUCAAACAGAUCAGACAGAGGAAACAGCAAUUACAUCAUCUUCUUCUGAUGGAUCUGAGACUAGUUUUGGGAGAACAUGUAACCAAUCAACUGGUACCAAUUCUCAUAAGCGGAAAAGCAGAGAUGCAGAAGAUUCAGAGUGCCAAAGUAAGGCUGCUGAAUUGGAGUCAGCUGCCAGAAAGAAACCGGCAGUAAAAUCUGGGAGUUCACGCAAAAGCCGUGCUGCUGAAGUCCAUAAUCUCUCUGAGAGGAGACGGAGAGACAGGAUCAAUGAGAAGAUGAGGGCUUUGCAGGAGCUGCUUCCUAAGUCUAACAAGACAGAUAAAGCAUCGAUGCUAGAUGAAGCUAUAGAAUACAUGAAAUCCCUUCAGCUACAACUUCAGAUGAUGUGGAUGGGAAGUGGAAUGGCACCAAUGAUGUUUCCUGGUGUCCAGCACUACAUGCCCCGCUUAGGGAUGGGAAUAGGCCCACUGGCAAUGCCUUCCAUUCACAGCCAGAUGCAUCUCCCAAGGCUGCCGCUGCUUGAUCAAGCGACAAUACCAAAUCAAGCUGCACUAUGCCACCAAACCACAAUGUUCAAUCCCAUGAAUUAUCAUACUCAGUUGCAGAAUUCCAAAUUAUCUGAGCAAUAUGCCAAUUACAUGGCAUUCCACCCUCUGCAGAAUGCAUCACAGGAUAUCUGUGACGGCUCAUAUGCUGUUGUUUUGUGGCAUUGCAGCAGUUGAACGUUUUCGGCUUCGGUCCCAACACAGCACAACAACAUAAUCACUCGUUAGCCCCAUCCGGCAACUCAAAUGGACCCUCUGUAGGAUGAUGAGCUGCAGCUGAUAAUGCUAACUCCGGAGCAGGGAAAACAUUAAUUAUGCUGAUGGAUUGGUGGCCAUUUACAUAUGAAUAUGUACAGAUUAGGUCUACUUAGAUUCGAACACUGAAGCUGGGAGAUAUUUGCUCAUCGCAUGAUUUAUUGAAGAAUGAGAAAAUGCCUCUCUACGUUUCUUUCUUGUCCAUUUUCCCCCUCCAAAUACAUCAAUCUAUUCAAGGUACAAGAGGAAAGUUACUUCAUGGUUUACAAUAUUCAAAGUAGUUGUAACAAGUACGUACAAAACUCAAUUUAACAUCGCCAUUGGAGCAGUGUUAGCAUUUUCCACUCUUGUACAUUGUCCUUCCUUCAGUAUCUCUCGAAUGCUUAACAACCAA